AUGAGAAGCUGGGAAAAUGAACAAUUAUCCAAAUAUGGUGAUACGAAGUCCGCGAGAGCAAUCAUGUUGGUUGAGCUCAAAAAAUUGAUUGAGGAAAAUCCCUUAUUUCGCGAUAAAUUGCAAUUUCCCAAUCUUAAGAACUCAAGAUUGCGGACACUCAUCAAUCAAAGCUUGAAUUGGCAACAUCAACUUUGUAAGAAUCCACGGCCAAAUCCAGAUAUAAAAACUCUUUUUGUGGAUCACACUUGUGGACAACCAAAUGGUGCACGGGCUCCAUCACCUGCCAAUAUGCCACUACUAGGAUCCUUACCGAAGGUUGGAGGAUUUCCUCCUCUCGGUGCACAUGGGCCGUUUCAACCAACUCCAGCACUUGUGUCGAUGCCCCUGGCUGGUUGGAUGUCAAAUCCUACCACUGUAGCACAUGCCUCGGUUUCUGGAGGAGGAGCUAUAGGUCUUGGUGUUGGUGCACCAUCAAUGCCUGCUGCUUUGAAGCACCCUAGGACACCUCCAACUAAUCCUUAUAAACCUGGAAAAAAUGUGGGCAAUGAUUUUGGUCUCAAAUUUGUAGGGAAAGCCCUACGAAGUUUGCAGGGCCGUGCUUUAGGUUGGAGCAGUGGUAAUGUUAAUAUGGGUGAAGUGAAGGUCAUGAUUGUGUGUUAUAUUGAGCAAGGCAAUGGUGCAUUCUGCAGCAAUGAUCACGUGGAAUGUAGGGUGAUAUGGUGGUUUAAAGCAAAGCAAUGGUUCUGGUUUUUUGUAGCAUGUUGA